AUGUCGAAAUUUGAUUUGACCCAGCGAAUGGCUCCAUUUUUGGAUCUACACUUGGUUAUUCCACUUUUGGAGUUUAUCGAACCAAGAGGUAUUUACGAUUCGAAAUCGAUUACUGAAAUGCAUCGACAACUUUUGAGCAAGACUAAUAUGAUUGAUAGUCUUAUGGAUACUUAUGUGAGUCUUGUUUUAUUUUUCAGGUCUUAUAUAAAUAUUUUCAGGGUAAAAAUGUUCCAGCAGCUAUUGAGGAAAAAAGAAAGCAAAUCAUUAAAGAAAGAGAUGAACUCAAGGCUAAAAUUGAUCCAGUUGUGACUAUUUUGGAGCUUCCAGAGGUGAAAGAGAUGUUGGAAAAUAAUAGAGAGCGUGAUGGAAAUGUGAGAAUUCUCGAAUUCCUUGCUGCCAAUCAUGGAUUCAGCGCUGAAAACGUCGAAGUCCUUUACAAAUACAGUAAAUUCAUGUAUGAGUGUGGAAACUAUACGGCCUCUUCAGUUUGCCUUUAUUACUAUCGCAAUUUGGCUAAUCAAGCCGAUCCAAAUUAUUUGAAUGCUCUCUAUGGAAAAUUGGCCAGCGAAAUUCUUGUUCAAGAAUGGGAACAUGCUCGGGAUGAUUUGUUGAAACUUCGCGCUUAUAUUGACGCCAAUCCAUUCGAAACUGAGUGGGAAUUGGUUACUCAAAGAGCCUGGCUCAUGCAUUGGGCUUUGUUUGUCUAUUUCAAUUAUCCAAAAGGAAGAGACGAGAUUAUCGAAUUGUUCUUGAAUCAACAACCAUAUUUGAAUGCUAUUCAAGUUUUGGCUCCACAUUUGUUGAGAUAUUUGGCUGUUGCUGUUGUCACAAGUAAAUCCAGACAAAAGAACAGUUUGAAAGAUUUGAUCAAGGUUAUCGACAUUGUGAGUUUUUAUUAUUUUUUUACCACGUAGAGAAUGGGAAUGUUACUUUGAAAAAUAAUAUUUUUUCAGGAACGCCACAACUAUGAAGAUCCAGUCACCGAUUUUCUUACCUGUCUUUACAUCAAGUAUGAUUUCGACGAGGCCCAAGAAAAACUUCAACAAUGCGAAGAAGUUCUCUCCAAUGAUUUCUUCCUUACCGCCUGUUUAUCAGAUUUCCGCGAGUCUGCUCGUCUUUUGAUUUUUGAAAUGUUCUGCAGAAUCCAUCAAUGCAUUACCAUCGAAAUGUUGGCGAGAAGAUUGAAUAUGACACAAGAAGAAGCCGAACGCUGGAUUGUCGAUCUUAUCCGAACUUACCGUAUCGAAGGAGCUAAAAUCGAUAGUAAAUUGGGACAAGUUGUGAUGGGUGUUAAAUCGGUUAGUAUUCACGAACAAGUCAUGGAAAACACAAAACGUCUCACACUUCGCGCACAACAAAUUGCUCUUCAACUCGAAAAAUCUCGACAAGAGAAAACUGUUAAAGCAAAUUAG